CAGAUGCCUGAUCUGCAUCUCCAGGGGGUGGUGUAAGGAUGUGCUUGGCUCAGAUCCCAGCAUGCUGAAUGCCAUAAGACUCGCACUGCAUGACUGGCCGUGCUUUGGCUCUUGCCUCCUCACAUUCCUGGUGGUGUGGACUGCCCUGUGUUGUAUCAGCUUCUCUGAAAAAUGUUACCAGCAGGUCUCUGUGAGGAGCCAGCACAGGGCAGGGUGCACGAACACACAGAAAUCAGGUGGCAAGGUGAACACAAACCUAAGUAAGCUUGGUCUGCUCUACCUGGAUGGCAUGCCACUGUGCCAGUUCUUGUGUUAUAACCCUAAGUGCAAGCACUGCUACCAGGCCAUCAGGAAGAGGCUAUUACGGAACAAUGACAAAUGGGCCAGAAUGAGGGCCUCCUACAAUCUGCACUCCUCUUCAUCUUCAAACUCCAUCACCUCCUGCAGGGAUGUGAACACAGACAGUUCAUCCCAUUCCUCGGCCAGGAGGAAUUCGGCCACCCAAACUUACCUAACCUCUUUUGAACUCUCAUGUCAGCCAGAGACAAAGUUAAGAAAACAGAGGAAACUUCAUCUCAAGCACACAACAAUAAACCAAAAAAUACUGGCAAUUCUGGGACCAGAUGGCACAAUCACCUUUGAUCCUGGACUUCUCAGCCAGGCCAGCCAACUUACUGAUACAGAUCCCGUGCAGCCAAUGAGUGAUGUUUGCCACAAGACCAGAUCACUCCCUGUUACGGUUUCCACUUCUAAUAAGCGUGGCAAUCUUCCCCCUGGCAUGGAUUCUCAUUGUGUGUCAAGGCUAGAACAAGAACUGGACUUCUGGAAGCUUCUGAAAAUGCAUAUGCUGAGGAAGUCCAUAGAGACCAAGCUGAGGGCCUUCCCCACCAUUGUGCAGCAGUCACACAGGAUGUACACACAGAGGAUAGCAGUCCGCACAGCUCGCACACCACACCACUCCAGCACUGCCCCCAUUUUCUUCUGUUCACUGGAGGCUCUGUUCCUGAAGGAAGAAGUGCAGGAGGCCCUGGAGCUCCACAUCCGUGAGAAGAAACUGCACCACAAGUGGGGCUUGCCUGGGAGCUUGCUGACAAAGCCUCAGGUACAGCAAGCAUCCCCAUGACUGCAGUAUGCAGCACUCCACAUCCAUUCCCACUUUUGGCGUCUGGGUCUGAGUACUUGGUAAGGUGUCCGAUAGAAACCAACUCCUGCUGCCUGCAGUGUUAAAGUAGAGGCUUCCCUGACUUUUCCUAUUCCUAUUAAAAAUAUUAAAGUCAUUCUUCUCA